AUGUUUCCCAACCUCAAGCAAGAGAAUCUCAAGUUCCAACAAGAAACAAAAAUUUCAAUCAAGAAUUUGGAAAGCCAAGUUAGUCAAUUGGCUCCUACUCUUGGAAGAGUAGAGGCGCAUGGGUCCGGAAAGCUUCCUUCCCAACCUUUGGUUAACCCUAGGGAGAAUGCUAGUGCCAUUACUUUGAGAAGUGGUAGACAACUUGAGAAGACUCACAAGAAGCCAAAUGAUGAGAAAGAAGUUGGAGAUGAGUUGAUUCAAGAUGGAACAAAACAGCCUAAAAGUGCAAAAAAUUUGCCAACCGAUUCUUCCAAUCCAAAACAUCCACCUAAAGUACAAUCUAAAGUUCCUAUUAAUACUUGUGAACCUCCUUUGCCUUUUCCUAGCAGGUGUGCCACAUCAAAGAAGGAGGAACAUGAACAAGAAAUUUUGGACACUUUUAGAAAAGUACAUGUCAAUAUUCCUUUGUUGGAUGCAAUAAAGCAAGUGCCGCGUUAUGCGAAAUUUCUUAAAGAAUUAUGCACCAACAAGAGAAAAAUUAAGGGAAAUGAGGUGGUGAGCAUGGGAGAAAAUGUCUCAGCGGUUUUGCAAAGGAAGCUUCCAACAAAGUGCAAAGAUCCGGGUAGUUUCACCAUGCCAUGCGUCAUAGGCAACACAAGGUUUGAGAAAGCAAUGUUAGACUUAGGUGCUUCUAUUAAUGUCAUGCCUUACUCAAUUUAUCUUGAUUUAAAUCUUGGUAUUCUUAAAGAGAUCGGUGUAGUCAUUCAACUCGCUGAUCGAUCUAAUGCCUAUCCAAAAGGAGUUGUGGAAGAUGUUUUGGUGCAGGUAAACAAGCUUGUUUUUCCAGUGGAUUUCUACGUGCUUGACAUGAAAGAUGAAAAAAUUGUGAAGAGCAUGCCAUUGCUUUUGGGGAGACCAUUCGUGAAAACAGCCCGUACGAAAAUAGAUGUGCAUAAUAGGACAUUGACAAUGGAGUUUGAUGGGGAAGUCAUUCAAUUGAACAUCUUUGAUGCAAUGAGGUAUCCUAAUGAUGAUGAUUGCUUUUCCAUUGAUGUACUUGACUCUUUAACGCAGCAAAUGUUCAAGCUUAAGGGUAAAGAUCCAUUGGAAGUGGCAAUAUGGAAUGGGUUGUCAACCGAGGAACCUCAAAAUUUUAAUGAAGUCGUAGAGUUAGGGGAAGAGCUAAAUGAAACUAUAGCAAUGUUGGAUGAGCUUCCAAAGCAAAAUCCAAGGUAUAAAAUCUCCUAUAUUUCUCUUCCCAUAUCUAAUGAGAAACUUUUACCUUCCAUUGUGCAGGCCCCAACCUUGGAGCUUAAGCCUUUACCAAGUCAUCUCAAGUAUUUAUACUUGGGAGAAGGAGACACAUUGCCCGUGAUUGUAGCGGCCAACCUUUCAAAGGUGCAAGAAGAGAAACUUGUUCGUGUGUUGAGAGAGUACAAAACGACAAUUGGUUGGACUAUUACUAACAUUAAAGGAAUAAGUCCUUCCAUGUGCAUGCACCGCAUAUUAUUAGAGGAAGGAUCGAAGCCUACAAGAGAAGCACAAAGACGAUUGAAUCCACCAAUGAUGGAAGUAAAAAUCGGAAUAACCGUGGUAAAGAAUGAAGAUAAUGACUUAGUUCCCACUCGCAUUCAAACGAGAUGGCGAGUGUGCAUAGACUACGGCAAGCUCAAUGCCACAACGCGCAAAGAUCAUUUUCCUCUUCCAUUUAUCGAUCAAAUGCUUGAACAUUUAGCGGGCCAUUCUCACUAUUGUUUUCUUGAUGGAUUUUCAGGUUAUAAUCAAAUUGUGAUUGCACCGGAAGAUCAAAAGAAGACGACAUUUACAUGCCCCUUUGGCACUUUUGCUUAUCGAUGCAUGCCAUUUGGCCUUUGUAAUGCACCCGCCACCUUUCAAAGGUGCAUGGUAAGUAUUUUCUCCAAUUACAUAGAGAACAUUAUAGAGGUAUUUAUGGAUGAUUUUAGUGUCUAUGGGAACUCAUUUGAUAAUUGUUUGGGUAAUUUGACAUUAGUUCUUAAAAGAUGCAUAGAAACUAAUCUCGUUUUAAAUUGGGAAAAAUGCCAUUUUAUGGUAAAUCAAGGGAUAGUUUCAGGGCAUAUUAUCUCAUCUAGGGGGAUUGAAGUUGAUAAAGCUAAAAUAGAUCUUGUACGUUCCUUACCACCUCCCAUUUGUGUGAGAGAGGUACGUUCUUUUCUUGGACAUGCAGGAUUUUAUUAGAGAUUUAUCAAGGAUUUCUCCAAGAUCGCAAUGCUUUUAUGCUGUUUGUUACAAAAAGAGGUAGCGUUUGAGUUUAAUGAAGAGUGUAUAAAGACGUUUGAGAAACUAAAGGAACUCCUAACCACAGCCCCAAUUAUUCAGCCUCCCGAAUGGAGUCUUACAUUCAAGUUGAUGUGCGAUACAAGCGAUUAUGCCAUGGGAGCCGUGUUAGGACAACGAGUUGGAAAGUUACCACAUGCCAUUUAUUAUGCUUCAAGAACAUUGAAUGAUGCUCAACCUAACUACUCCACAACUGAGAAAGAACUUUUGGAAGUUAUUUUUGCACUAGAAAAGUUUCGUUCCUAUCUAAUUGGCACUAAAGUUACUGUUUUUUCUGACCAUGCAGCUCUUAGGUAUUUGCUUACGAAGAAGGAGGCUAAGCUAAGGCUUAUAAUGUGGAUUCUAUUGCUACAAGAGUUCAAUCAAAUAAUCAAAGACACAAGAGGGAGUGAGAAUGUUGUAGCAAACCAUUUAAGUAGGUUGAUAAACCAAGAAGAUGCUCUUCCAUUGAAAGAUGAUUUUCUGGACAAACAAUUACUUGCAAUGACAUCCUCGGGACCAUGGUAUGCAGAUAUAGUAAAUUACAUAAUAACCAAGGGAACCCCACCCAACAUGUCGCUUGCUAGCAAGGACAAACUGAAGAAGAUCACCAAGCAAUAUGUGUGGGAUGAUCCAUAUCUUUAG